AUGACUCACUUUUUGGAUCCCGCUCACCUUAAUGUCCUUCCCUCACCCUCAGUCCUGGUUCCCUCUGCGACGUCUGCGCAGAGGAGUAUGGUCCUCACAAUCGCCCCCACUCUAUCUCCUGUGGACACAUCUUAUGCCUGCCUUGCUGCAACAACAUCCUCGAGAAAUCUCCGCCGCGCCUCACUCCUUCCUGUCCUUUCUGUCGCCGGCUGGUCGACCCCCCGCGGUGAGACCAUCGAGGCCCACGACUGUAUCGGCGACAGUAUGAAUGAAGACGAUAUCCUUCUCUUCAACCCCGGCACGCUGAAGACGAGGGCGGAAGCUCGUCGACUCGAGUACAAGGUCGCCAAGGUCGCCGCCAAGAAGUGUUCGCUCGAGGAGGUCACCACCCUACAGAAAGAGUUACAGGAUUGGCUCCAGUCCGACGUCAAGCGCGAUGAUCAGUCGGCUUCACUCCAGCUCAGUGCUGCGCUAUUGCGUGCGAUCAUCGUCAACCAUCUCGCACACAAACAGGCCACAGAAAUGGCGAAGACCGUCGAAGCCAACCUCAAGGAGAAGCUGGACGAGGUGGAGGCUGCGAAGGAGCAGUUGGAGUCGGAGCUACGCAGGAUGGUGUGUUUUUCCGCGAUAUCGGCGAUCGUUUGCGCUUUAUUAACUGAUCUUAAUCCACAGUCGACGCAGUAUGCAGCCAAAGCUCAGGAAGUCCAGACUCUGCGUGCGGAGCUCAGCCGCCUCAAAGUUCGUGGUGCGGCUCCCGGCCUCGGUAUUCCGGCCGCGCCUCCACCCAGUACUUCUUCCACUAGCAGCGUGCUGACAUCGCCACCUCGUCCGCAGUCUGCAGUUCCGGUCACGUCUUCACGAUCAGGUGCUACGUCUCCCACGUCGUCAAUGCGGACGUCGUAUGUUCCCUCGGUACUUUCUCCCGUCUCGCGGGCGAGUGCGGCGUCCGGCCACAUCCGGUCUGCGUCCACUGUCCCCGGGUACCGAACGAUGACGCCUGCUGCACGCCCCGCCUCAGCGAUACCUUCCUCCACCCAUGUCUCGUCAACCGGCGGCGAGGCAGGUCGACAUAUACCCACUUCCUCCUCACGGCAACCGCGGGUAUCGAGCCCGCCACUGCCACCCAAAAUGAGCCGGACGACGAGCUCUGGCUCGGACGAAAAAGAAAAAGAGAAGCAGCGAGAGAAGGACCGCCAGCGGGUGCAGCUGAUCCAGCGGUGGAUUCCGUCUCUCGACGCGGCGGGCAGCCCACCGUCGGGGCGCCCGGGAGGAUUCCACUCGAUGUACUCGGCCUCCUCGACGACGACGACGACAACAGCGUCGAUGCCGCCGCCUGCACGGUACAAGACGCCGCUCUCUGCGAACUCGCCGUAA